CAAGACCUCUUAUAUAACAACUCACUUUUCUUUAUCUCCCUCCAUCCCUCCACCUCUCUUGGCCAUAGCCACACUGUUGAGAUAUGGUGAGCGCCUUGCAAAGCUGGCCGGAACCAGUGGUGCGAGUUCAAUCCCUAUCCGACAGCGGAAUCAAUUGUAUUCCAGACUGUUAUGUAAAACCAAUAUACGACCGCCCCUCCUCACUUGACUCAAACCAACCCAAUAAUAGUAAUAAUAUUCCUGUCAUUGAUCUUGCAGCCCUCUACUCCGAUGACCUUUCCCUACGCAAAACCUCCAUGGAUCUCAUCUCCGAAGCCUGCCGCGAAUGGGGCUUCUUCCAGCUCAUCAACCAUGGUGUGAGCCAUGAUCUGAUGGCGGCCACACGGAGGGUGUGGCGGGAGUUUUUCCAUCUUCCGUUGGAGGUGAAGCAGGAGUAUGCAAACUCUCCCAGCACCUACGAAGGAUAUGGUAGCCGCCUCGGGGUGGAGAAAGGGGCUAAGCUCGACUGGAGUGAUUACUUCUUCCUUCAUCUCCUCCCUCUUCACAUCAGAAAUCAAUCUAAAUGGCCCGCUCACCCGCAAUCCUGCAGGGAAUUGGUGAGCAAGUACAAUGAGGAAGUUGUGAAAGUUUGUGGGAAAUUGAUGAAAAUAUUUUCUUUAAACCUUGGAUUAGAAGAGGAGUAUCUUGAAAAUGCAUUUGGAGGGGAGGAUCAAAUUGGGACUUCACUCAGAGUUAACUUCUACCCAAAGUGUCCACAACCUGAUUUGACUCUAGGAAUCUCACCACAUUCAGAUCCCGGUGGCAUUACGGUAUUGUUGCCGGAUGAUCAUGUUUCUGGCUUACAAGUCCGUAAAGAUAACGUUUGGCUUACAGUUAAACCCAUCCCUAACGCUUUUAUUAUCAACCUUGCUGAUCAACUCCAGGUGGUAAGCAAUGCGCAGUACAAGAGUGUAGAACAUCGUGUGAUUGUGAAUUCAAAUCAAGAGCGAGUCUCGUUGGCCUUCUUCUAUAAUCCGAGAGGAGAUAUUUUGAUUGAACCUGCCAAACAACUGCUAUUAACAAACAAUGAAGCAUCGCUAUAUCAGCCCAUGACAUUUAAUGAGUAUCGUACUUUCAUCAGGUUAAACGGUCUUCAUGGGAAAUCACAAGUCAACUCCCUCAAAUCUCCAUGAUAGAUUGAUUAUGCAUGUUUAUGCAAUAGUAAUAUUGUCUUACUCUAUCUAUUAUAUAAUGGUUGAUCGAUCACUUAAACGUUAACAGUAUAUUUGUUUGAAUUGA